AUGGUCGUUUGGAUUCAGUUCCCGGCCCUCCCAGUACACUUUUAUCAUAAGGAAAUUCUUUUCGCAUUGGGAAACAUGGUGGGUAGGGCUAUCAAGCUUGACUUUCAUACGCAACAUCAACAACGAGCUAAGUUCGCUAGGAUGGCGGUGGAACUCGAUCUCUCCAGACCGCUGGUCACAAGAAUUCGGCUGGACGGGAAGUGGCAAUACAUUGAGUACGAGAACCUGCCGGUGUGCUGUUUUGAGUGCGGUAAGAUUGGGCAUACGACGUUGACCUGCCCGACUCUGGUUGCCAAGUCUCAGCCGCCGGCGGGGGAAGCGAGGCCUGGGUCACCGGAAGCCUGGCCGGAGACGGUGUCGGAGGAGAAGCAAGGAUUUGGUCCAUGGAUGCAGGUUUCACGGAAAUCUCGGCGAGGGAAUCGGAAUGGAGAAAAGGGAAACCUGAACGCUAAUCAUGGGGAGUCAUCCGGGAUUUGGAAAAAUGGAAAAGGAAAGAACCCUCUACAGGAAAUGGAAAGCCACAACGGUCUUAAGGGAGGGCUAAGGAAGGUGCUGAUCGGAGAGGCGAGGCCGCGCGGGUGGGAUUGA